GUAUUAUUUAAUAAAGAACCGCUUUUGUAGACAAAUCGUUGUUUUGGAACUUCGAUUUUGCGCGUAUCUCAAUCGGGGUUAUUUGGACGCUUCGAUAGAAUUAACAGUUCUCAACUUUGGUCUCAUUUGGUGUGGAUACAGUUCUGAACUUUAGUCCUAAUUGGAGGGAAUACUUGCUGUAACGAAUUUGGUCGUAAUCCUGUUUGGUUCAUUCAUCCCAACGAUGACUAGAACGAGAAGAAUGAAGUACAACGAUGACAGUUCCCAAGACACAGACAAUUCCAGUGCUGAAAAUAUUAUUCCUUCACUUUCUAAGGUGAAUUCAUCUAUUCCUUUAAAUCUUGCCUUUGAUAUUGUUAAACCUAACCCCAAAGACAGUUGCUCGGUAGGAGACAACUAUGUAGACACUAGAUACAGCGUAGAAGACGAAAUGGUUUCUAGGGAAAGGGAAGUAGAAAAGAUUAAGCUGGAGAUUAGAGAACUCCAACUACGCAAGCGAUUGUUAGAGCUAACUCCGAACUCUUCAAACAAAGUGAGAAGACCUAGGGAGAUUACCGAGUUGUCGGGGUCUCGAUCCAAGGAUAAAACUCCAGUAGUUACAGCAAGUCACCGAUACACCAAUGUGCCUUCGAGCGAUGAAAUGCAAUUCAAAGCACAGGUAGAUAGUGUCAAGGCGCUAUGUAUGUCAGUAAGCUUACCGAAGAUAGAAAUCAUGACAUUUGACGGGAGCCCUCUGAAAUUUUGGACGUUCAUGAAGGGAUUCAAGGUUAACAUAGCUGACAGAGUAAAUGAUGACACUCAGAAAUUAAUGUACCUGAUACACUAUUGCGAAGGUAUAGCAAAGGAUGCUAUAGAACACUGUGUUUUAUUACCAGAAAAGGAAGGUUAUACUGAGGCAAUUAAAAUUCUACAUGAACGGUUCGGCAGACCACAUGACAUCGUGGAUACCUAUGCAUUGUUAGAUAAUGGCUCAGACUCGACAUUACUGCUUAGUGACGUGGCAAAGCAGGUAGGAAUUUCUGGUACAGUGACAAGAUUAAACAUAUCUUCGGUAAUUGGAGCGUCAUCUCAGAACGCUGAACUUACCAAUUCCGAAAUUGAGUCUUUAGAUAAGGCCAACCGAAUAAAAAUCGAAGGUGCAUAUACUAUAGAUAACCUACCUAUUAAAAGAGCAGAAAUCCCACCAACGGACUUCCAAGAAAGAUGGAAACACUUGAAAGGUGUACAACUACCCACCAUAGCCUGUGACAAGGUUGGUUUGUUACUUGGUGUUGACGUUCCAGAGGCCCACUGGGUACUCGAUCAGCGUAUCGGAAAACCUAAACAACCCUAUGCUUCACUAACCAUAUUAGGGUGGGCUUUAUUUGGACCAACGGGUCAACUUAAUAAAACUUCAGUCUUCAUGAACUGUUUAAAAGCGAAAAAUUCCUUUGAGGAGGAUAUUCUUAAAUUAUUUGAACAUGAAUUUUCUGAAAAUAAGUACUCUGAUAAGGUUACCAUGUCCCUAUGUGAUAAGACCAUUAUGGAGAUUACUGACAAACAAACAGUAUUGCUCGAUGGACAUUAUCAAGUGCCGAUACCCUGGAAGGUGGAUUGGCACACACUUCCAAGGAAUAAGCGCGAAAUAGAAAAACGAUUAAUUUACCUACGUAAAACGUUGCUAAAAGACGAACAGCUUCGGAAACAGUAUACUAUUAUAUUAGCUACCCACGAAAGUAAAGGAUAUUUGUUUCGAGUAACUCAAGCUAUCGAAGAAGAAAGGUAUUUUAUUCCACAUCCCGUAUUUAACCCUAAAAAACCAGUUAAAGUUCGGAUAGUCUUUGAUUGUGCUGCUAAGUUACAAAACAAGUCUCUAAAUGAUUGUAUAUAUUCUGGACCAGAUCUUACAAACGACCUAGUGGGAGUUUUGCUUAGAUUCAGAAAGCAUAAGAUUGGAUUGUCAGCAGACAUUGAAGAAAUGUUCCUCCAGGUACAUCUACCCGAAAAGGAUACAAAGGCCUUCAGCUUUUUAUGGUACCCCGAUGGCAAUCUUGAUUCUCCUCCUGAGGUCUAUGAGUUGCAUGUACACCCUUUCGGGGCUACGUCCUCACCGUUUUGCGCUACCUAUGCUUUAAGACGCACAGCUACAGACCACCGAGAUUUGUUCGAUGAAAAAACACAGUCUACCUUACGAGAAAAUUUUUAUGUAGACGAUUGUCUAGUCUCAGUAGAAACAAUAUCAGAAGCUGCUGAGUUAGCAAAGAACCUAGUGAGACUCGUGGCACUUGGAGGCUUCCGUUUACAUAAAUGGGUUAGUAACGUAAAUGAAGCGCUGAAUGACGUCCCUAUAGGUGAUAGAUCAAACAAUUCAGUUCGUAUACCAGGUUCAACAGAACGUAUACAGAGAACUUUAGGACUUUGUUGGCACACGCAAUCCGAUUGUUUUGCAUUUGACGUAAAUCUUCCCGAACGCCCGAUCACUAAGAGAGGCAUUCUAUCAUGUGCAUCAUCGUUAUAUGAUCCGCUUGGAUUUCUAGCGCCUUUAUCACUUACCCCUAAACGAAUUCUGCAACAGCUAUGUCGUAAAAACUAUGGGUGGGAUGAGAUGAUAGAUGAAGAGUCACGAUUGAGUUGGGAAGGUUGUUUAGAAGCAAAGAGUUCUAUCGAGGACGGACCCACGCCACCCUCUUCUUUGACCACAGUAGCGCCUGAAAACUCUCCAAAUCGUUUGUUGCCGUUCAUAGAUGAUCCUGGUUUAUGCCUUAAACACUCUCCUGAUGUGUCACUCUUAGUCGAUGAUGAUGAUGUACGCUUACUCAUAGUAACAGCAGCCGCUGUUGAGACUGAAGAUUCCAGAGUUCAUCAAGGUUUACCGUCAGUUCGUUCUUUUGGAUUUAACACUCCACCUGAUUCAAGAAGUAACCGACUUAUAGACACCUUUGAUUCUGUAUCUAAAGCGACAGACGAGAAUUUAAUGGAUUUAGAACAAGUUAUUUCAUUACCAGCUGUUGACGAUGAGUACCUUCUAAAAACUGCCAACGAUCGUCAUGUCGAUACAGCAGUGAAUAUUGACCUUAGAUGUAUUUCUCCUCCAGACAAAAUUCUUCCAACAGAUAGCGGCGAGUUAAUGUCAUCGAAAACAUCUGUUAUGUUCUCUGCCGAAACAGAUCUCCCUAGUGUUUCUGACGUGAACGAUAGUGCUAAGUCUGUGAUACUACUACACGAGUCAUCAAUUAGUUGCAAAGCAACAACAACUCAGUUCUCUGCAAAUAUGAAACUUGUAUCUCCUGUAGUGGCGUCUGCUGAGAGUUCUAUUGACAUCAAGCGUGAAACAGAGAAUCAGAAAGAUGAUUGUUUUAUUCAGUAUGCUGAUGAUGAUAAGAAGUUUAAGACAACUGUAUCCAUGUCUCCUUUAGUUGGGUUAGACAAGCAGACACAACAUCCAUUACCAGACUUUAAGGAUAGUAGAGUAGCCGAAGAAAUGACUCAUCGGAACAUAGAAUGGCACCAUAACACUCCUUACGCAAAUCAUCAUCGAGUAUGGGAAAGAUUAAUAGGAAGCAUACGCAGACCUUUGAGCGCAGUAUCUAUGUCCUACGAGACACUCACCACCUGUUUGGCUGAAGCAGAAAGAAUACCUAAUGGUAGACCACUCUUACAGACGCGAACAAAAUGGACACAAGGAAGACGAGAUUUACAAGUUCGCGGUCCAGUCUUGAUUAUUGAGGACACUUAUGCACGAAAUAACUGGUCUAAAGGCCUCGUGGUAAGUUUUGACCCAGGAGGAGAUGGUCUAUGGAACCAAGCGAAGAUCAGAACGUGGAAGGGUACAAUUAUUAGAGGCAUAUGUAAAAUUUGUUUAUAAGAAGGAGCUGAUGACCGAAAAGUAGAGGAUAGAGAGACUUUUCAGAGUGACUGUGGCUAGAGUAAAUCGUACCAUUGUCACCUCUGAAUGUUUUUAUGUUAAUACCUAAUCAGCGAAAGUAAGGAAAGACAUGCUGUCUUUGGGGGGCGGUGUUAAGUUUGUUUUACAUUGUUCCUAUAUGUUCCUUUUCUACUCUUUUGUAUGUUGUUUUAUACUACUUAUUUACAUUCAGUAGGCAGCUGUAUACCCAACAAUUUUCACACUUAUGUUGUAACUCAAGUUGUACUGUAACAUUCUGGAAUGUUCACAUAUAUCUUUAAUGUUUAUUUUACUUAUAAUUGUAUUUAUCAUUAUAAUCACUGUAAUUUAAUUACUGUAAAGGUUAUCCACAGUUUUAUGCAUUUGUUUGAAUGCAACAGUUUCCAUAUUGUUUGCUCUUGGUUCGAGUUUCGGUUGUUCAUAAACUGUUACCAAAUUUAGACACAGCUAUCGGCUGUCUUUGGACUAUCGAAGCCUUUGCUAUUUUCAUUCUUGAACGACGCGUUUAAACGCCUAGACACCUCACAAGUUGAGAACCGCUUUUGUAGACAAAUCGUUGUUUUGGAACUUCGAUUUUGCGCGUAUCUCAAUCGGGGUUAUUUGGACGCUUCGAUAGAAUUAACAG